AAGAUCAAAUCAGACCUCAUCAUCCUCAAAAACACCACAAAAAACAAUUCCAUUUUCAGACAAUCAACAAGCUCAGAGACAGACAACAUACGACGUCUUACAGGGUUCCAAGGAUGUCGUUUUGUUCAUCUAUAUCAACCCCACAGUCUCUGUCUCUCCUAUCUAAAACCAAGCCCAUCAUCAAUGGAGGAGACUACAAACUGGGCUCUCGCUUUAGAGCUUCUGCUGAUGUCCCUGAUUUUCUCUCUGCAGAUUGGCUUGAAUCUCGAAGGAAGAAACCAUUUGGCCCAAGAUUAAAUUUUAGUGCAGAAGAAGCUGUUAAUUGCCAGCUUGAUGCAUUGAAGUAUAAUGAUCAACCUCGUCAAGAUUAUGGGAUUGAGGUCAUGUAUAGGUUUGCUGGAUUUGAUCCUUUCGAAAGGUCUACUUAUUUUGGGCCAUUUUUUGAUUUAGGGCAGUUUGAAAGGUUUAGGAGGAUUUUUCACCAUUCGACAUAUCGAGUGUUGCUUGGUCACAAGGAGAGGAAGAUCUUGAGCAGUUUGUUCGUGAAAGAGAAUCGAUUCAAACAGAGGAUAUGGAUUCGGGGGAAUCGCCCUGAGGAGGAAGAAAUAUUUCAAUUUACCAUGGUUCAGAGAGUCGGUGGUUCAUGGGAUGGUUAUUGGUUGACAGAGUCUCUUCUUCAUGAUGGAGAUGCUUUUGCUGGUGGUUUGGCCUACUAAACAUCAAACACUGAUACAGUAUGGCUUGACUGAUGAAAAUUCUGCUUUCCCUGAUAAUGAAGCAUGGCAUAAUUUGCCUGCUCUCAAACCCCGGAACAAUGUACAUAUAUUAUAAUCAAUUACUGUCAGACUUCUGUAAAUGAAAGCUGUAUAUAAAAGCUCUUCAGAAUAAAAGAUAAAUGUACUCCUUGGUUGCU